AUGUCUUCCCGCUACGACUCCCGCACCACCACCUUCUCCCCUGAGGGCCGUCUGUAUCAGGUGGAGUACGCCGAGGAGGCCAUCUCGCAGGCCGGCACCGUCGUUGGAAUACUCACCACCGGCGGCGUCGUGCUGGGCGCCGAAAAAGGCCAACAGAACAGCCUCUUCGACACGGAGAACAUGGAGGACAAGAACAUCAGCGGGGAGAAGAUGUAUAAAAUAACCAACCACCUCGGCUGUAGUGUCGCGGGUGUGACAUCUGAUGCCUAUGCCCUCAUCAAUUACGCCCGCCUCAGCGCCAACCGUCACUACUACACGUACCAGGAGCCUAUGGCGGCGGAGGACCUGUGUCGCCUCGUGUGUGAUGAGAAGCAACUGUACACGCAGUACGGCGGAGUGCGCCCGUUCGGUGUCUCCUUCCUGCUGGCCGGCUGGGACCGUCACCACGGCUACCAGCUAUACCACACCGACACAAGCGGUAACUACAAUGCGUGGCGCGCCUAUGCUAUUGGCCAAAACGAUCAGGUUGCGCAGGCGUUGCUAAAGCGGGACUGGAAGCCAGAGCUCACGCUCGAGGAGGGCAUUGUGCUGUGUCUCCGCGUGCUUGGAAAGACAAUGGACACUGUGAAACUGCUGCCCGAGCGGCUUGAGUUGGCUGUGCUGCACAAAGUGCCGACGCCGGCUACGCAACGGCUGCUGAGCCCGUACAGCGCUCUGCCGAAUACAGUGCCCGAGUUUAAGAUACUGACGAGCGACGACCUGAAGCCGCACAUCGCAGAGGCGGACCGCCAGCGCGAAGCGGAAGAAGCGGAGGAGAAGGAGAAGGAAAAGCAGAACGAGCAGAGACUGGCAUCGUCGUGA